UGAUCGUCACACACAGAUCCACUGUUUGGAAGGAAGUCUUUGAUAGGCAUAGGGAGGCUUGGAAGGAGUAAAGCUUUGAAAGUAGAUACUGAAAGUUUUUUUUCAUCUGAACUGUAUUAAUUUGAGUACAUUUCUACCUGUCCAUCUGAACAGUUUGGGUCUGGACACAGUGGUGAACCAGCUUUAAUUAUUUUGUAGUUAUAUUGCGAGACUUUUUUAAUCCAAGUACCAUGAUGGCUCAGUCGUGUUCGUACUACGUGCAACCCGAUGUGAACGCCCUCGACGGCGAGGACAACUACAACAACUACAGCUACGACGAUGGUUACGCCCAGUACCACCCCGACACCCCCGAUUACCCAGCAUGCGCUUACGCCGCGCGUAACCCCCGGGAGAUUGGCGAGGGGGGAUACGAUGAUGAAAAUAUGUGUCUCUCCCAGGGUCCGGGGAUGCCGCCCGAUUCACCCCCCUUCCAGAGAUAUGCGGCCAAUGUACGCGAACGCAAACGCAUGUUGAAUAUCAACUCUGCUUUUGAGGAACUCCGACUUCACGUUCCGACAUUUCCGUUCGAGAAGCGCCUGUCCAAGAUAGACACCCUCCGACUCGCCAUUGCCUACAUAGCCCUACUCAGGGACAUCCUAAUGUCACGUGCGGACCCCCUGGAGUUCGUGGAGAAGAGUCUGAGACAAGGGACGGACGGACACAGCGAGGCAAUAUGGAACACAAGCGAUCUCACCGCGCGGCUGUCGUGGGUGAAGUGGGAGAGCCUUGGGGUGCGACGCCGGCCCUUCCUUUCGUCCCUCCCCUCAACAGCCCGAGGCACCCCCGGGGAGGACUGAUGACUGCCAGGGUACAAUACUGAGGGGUGUGCGUGGGAAGACAUGAUAUUGGGAACAAAGUCACUGUCAACGUGUGGAGAGAUUCUCCACUGAAACUUCAUAGCUCUUGUUUUCAUGAUACGAUUGUAUAUAUACUCACCGUCAAAAGAAACGCGAACCAUAGAAACAUAUAGAGUAUGAUCGUUAAGAGUGAGUGAGUUAAAGUUUUACGUCACAUCGGCAAUAUUUCAGCCAUAUCGUGACGAGUGAUCGUUAAGAAGUGAUGUUUCCAAUGUGUACCAAUUGAUGACAAAACUAACAAGCAGUCACGUGUUACUAAAGUGUCUCUAUUCUUAUCGCGAUAUGAUGCACGUGAUUUCCAAACUUUACACGCUAAUCCUGCACCAGACAAAUAGAGCAUCUCGAGUCAUGGAUCUAUGACGUCACAUGUGACGCGUUCGUGACGUCGGUUCACACAACACACAUCGCUUGUGCGUCGAACCAAUCUAAUAUCUCUUGAAUUUGAGUAAUUCUUGGAUAUAUUAUCCAACAUGUAUGGUAUUCGCGUUUCUUUUGUCGGUGAGUAUAUAUCAAAUUGUUGGCUGAAAUAAUGCCGAUGCGACGUUAACUUUUAACUCACUCACUCAUAGCUCCUUUAAACAUAUGAACUCUGACGGGUUUAGCUUCGAGACAAAGCUAUAUACUGAAAAGAAGAGGUUGAAUUCAACAAAUUUCAAAAUGCAAAACCAAAUACCGAGUUUAUGUGUAUGUGUGCGCGCGCGCGCGUGUGAUGUGUGUGUGCGUGCGUGCGCGUCGCGGGAACUGCUUGUGUACCGCCAACAACACGUGCGUGGAACAAACAACAGGGAACAAACACGAAGUUCUUGUUGCCACCACGAUCAAAUAUAAGUGCCAAAGACUGACCCAUGGAUUCUCUAGAACUCUUCGAGGCCUCCACGCCAUGACCUACGCGUGCAACAAGUGACAUCCUCGACCAACUCGUGUCAUUCCGAGACAUGCCGUCUUGCAGAUUACGGAAAGGUGCACGUUUUGACGAAUGAUCAUGUAUUUCAUUUUAAAAAACAACAACAUUCUUAUGUGGUUGCAGAAUAUGCACAUACCCCUCUCGUCACUUGUUGCCGGGGAGCAUUGUGGAGAUGGGAAAAUAAUUAACUUGCGUGUGUUCUCAGUGUCUUGGACACUAGUUUCAGUCUGACUUUAUUAUUUUUCGAAUGAAAGGACGGAAAAUUACGAAAAUAAUGCCGCUGAUUUUGAUCGGAACUGAGUCUCGGUUCCACCGUCAGCAAAAGCUAGAGACCGUUCACGCAUCGUUCUAAAAGGUCGGUCCUAACUGGGACCCGCUGAGGAUUUGCGACAGUCCUAGCGCUAAUAUCACUUCUUUGAACUGGAGCCGAAAUGAAGAUGUCAUGUUGAGAGCAUGUUUAUGAGUGAUCUCAAUUAACAAGUGCAAUAUAUUUUGAAUUAAGUGUUCUUUUUUUAAUUAUUAUUUUAUUUUUAUUUGUUUCCCAGUACACAAAAUGUUCAUUCAAUUUGUUGAUGCAUGUGGAUAUUUAUUGCAAUUGUUAAAUAAAUACUU